AUGGUCCAGGGUCACCAAGCCGAGGCCGACGCCGAGGAGUGGGAGGCCGAGUCGGUGCUGGGCACCCUGCUGCAGAAGCUGCGGGAGGAAGGCUACCUGGCCUACUACCUACAGGGUGGCUUCAGCAGAUUCCAGGCCGAGUUCCCUCACCUGUGUGAGACCAGCCUCAACAGCCGUGGUGGGCCAAGUACAGCCAUGGUGCCCAGCCCAGUGGUAGGGCUGGGCGGCCUGUGCCUGGGCUCUGACUGCUCCGAUGCAGACUCAGAGCCUGACCGCGACUCCAUGAGCUGUGGCCUGGAUUCAGAGGGUGCCACGCCCCCCCAAUCGGGGCUGCUGCCAUCCUUCCCCGUGCAGAUCCUGCCCAACCUCUACCUGGGCAGUGCCCGGGAUUCGGCCAACGUGGAGAGCUUGGCCAAGCUGGGCAUCCGCUACAUCCUCAAUGUCACCCCCAACCUCCCGAACCUCUUUGAGAAGAAUGGCGACUUUCACUACAAGCAGAUUCCCAUCUCGGACCACUGGAGCCAGAACUUGUCCCAGUUCUUUCCGGAGGCCAUCGCGUUCAUUGACGAGGCCUUGUCCCAGAACUGCGGGGUGCUCGUUCACUGCCUGGCGGGCGUCAGCCGCUCCGUCACCGUCACCGUGGCCUACCUCAUGCAGAAGCUCCACCUCUCACUCAAUGAUGCCUAUGACCUGGUCAAGCGGAAGAAGUCCAACAUCUCGCCCAACUUCAACUUCAUGGGGCAGCUGCUGGACUUCGAGCGCAGCCUGCGGCUGGAGGAGAGGCGUGCCCGGGAGCGGAGCAGCGGGGGGCAGGAGUCUGCCACCUCUGACCCGCCUUCCUUCUUCACCACCCCCACCAGCGACGGUGUCUUUGAGCUGGAUCCCACAUAGGGCCCUGCCCU